AUGCUGCGGCUGCAGUUCCUAGCGCCGUUGCUGCUGGCGGCAGCAGCCGAACCCUCCCUGCGGGGGGCCAAGGUGGAUUGGGAGCCCCGUUUAUGCCCUGACCUCAAGGAGCAGUGCGGCCUGCAGGGCUCCGUCACAAGGGAGGAGACUGAGCGGAUCGUCCACGGCCGAGACGCCGACGAGUGCGUUUGGAGGUGGCAGGUGAGCCUCAAGUCCGUGAGCAACGGCCAGUUUUGUGGCGGGACCUUGGUGGAGCCCGGCUGGGUGCUCACUGCCGCGCACUGCCUCGCGGACGUGACGAGCAACUGCGCGGUGCGGAACCUGCGGGUGGAGGCGGGCAGCUGGCGCCGAAACGAGGACUUGGGCAAGACCAAGACCUCGGUGGAGAGGAGGGUCAAGAAGAUCUACGUGCACCCGCUCUACCAGCAGAACGUGCCCCACGACUACGACUUCGCGCUGAUUCAGCUGGACAAGGCCAUGCCCAUCAACGAGUGCAUCGGAACGGCCUGCCUGCCCCGGUCCGAGGAGAUGCCCGGCACGGAGUGCAGCAUCACGGGCUGGGGCACCGUGAGGUCCAUGGGCCCCACCCCGGAGGUGCUGCAGGAGGCCGGGGUGCAGCUCCUGGCCUCCUCCGAGUGCGAGGCCAACUACACGGAGACCAGCGACGUCAUCACGGGCAGCAUGCUCUGCGCCACCGGGAUGUCUGACCUGGGCAUCACCGACACCUGCCAGGGGGACAGCGGGGGCCCGUUGGCCUGCAAGGAGGAUGGGCGCCAUGUGCUGCGAGGGGUGACCAGCUGGGGCCAGGGCUGCGCGUUCCCAAACUUCCCGGGGGUCUACAGCCGCGUGCAGACGGUGAUGUCCUGGAUCGAUGACGUGCUGGCGGCGAAGGUGAAGAAGGUCAGCGCGCAGGACGAGCAGGAGCUCCAAGACCUUGGGGACCUGGACUUCCAGGGCUCGAUGUGGCAAGUGGUGGAGGGCAAGUGCACCCUGGACGCGGAGAACUGCAUCCUGAGCCCCAACUUCCCGGAGGAGUAUGGCACCUCGGAGACCUGCAAGAUUGCGGUGAACACGUCCGCAGCCGUGCCGAUCCAGGUGGCCAACUUCUCCACGGAGCUUCGGUUUGACUCCCUGAUGUUUGACUGCAAGUACUUCUCGGGGGAUCGGGGGCCUGAGGGUCUCGUUCCCCAGGGCGCCAUCGCCUGGUCCUCGGACGAAUCUGUGGUGUCCAGCGGAUGGCGGCUCUGCCCAUCCUGA